GUGGGGGGGGGGGGAAGCAGUGAGGACAGCGUCCCUGGUCCACAGACGGGAUGAGCGGCGGAGUGGAGCAAGUGGACAUCCUAAGCGUGCUCUCCCUGGUCAAGGAACGAUGGAAAGUGGCGAAGAAGAUUGGCGGCGGCGGGUUCGGGGAGAUCUACGAGGCGGUGGACCUGCUGACGCGGGUCAGCGUGGCCCUGAAGGUGGAGUCGGCCCAGCAGCCCAAACAGGUGCUCAAGAUGGAGGUCGCCGUGCUCAAGAAGCUCCAGGGUAAAGACCACGUGUGUCGCUUCGUGGGAUGCGGCCGCAACGACCGCUUCAACUACGUGGUGAUGGAGCUUCAGGGUCGCAACCUGGCUGACCUGAGGAGGAGCAUGACCCGGGGCACCUUCAGCAUCAGCACCACCCUGCGCCUGGGGCGACAGAUGCUGGAGGCCAUCGAGAGCAUCCACUCGGUGGGCUUCCUGCAUCGCGACAUCAAACCGUCCAAUUUCGCAAUGGGCCGCUUCCCGAGCACCUGUCGGACCUGCUACAUGCUGGACUUUGGUUUGGCUCGUCAGUUCACCAACUCCUGCCAGGAGGUCCGACCCCCCCGGCCAGUGGCGGGGUUCAGGGGAACGGUCCGCUACGCAUCGGUCAAUGCACACAAGAAUAAGGAGAUGGGUCGCCACGACGACCUGUGGUCUCUCUUCUACAUGCUGGUGGAGUUUCUGGUCGGUCAGUUGCCGUGGAGGAAGAUCAAGGACAAAGAACACGUGGGGAAGCUGAAGGACACCUACGACCAUCGUCUGAUGCUCAAACACCUGCCGGCAGAGUUUGGCGUGUUCUUGGAGCACAUCUCCAGCCUCGACUACUUCACGAAGCCGGACUACCAGCUGCUGAUGUCGGUGUUUGACAACAGCAUGAAAACCUACAACGUUGUGGAGAAUGACCCUUAUGACUGGGAGCGCACCAGCUCCGAUGGCACUCUGACAAUCAUCGCCGUUGCCACGACGCCGCAGCAUCACACCCGCCUCACCCCGGCACACAUGGGUAUGGCAAAUGCCUCCCUGAUCCCCGGCGACCUGAUGAGGGAAAACACAGAAGAGGUUCUGCAGGACGAGCAGCUCAGCGACGCGGAGAACAACCCAGCUCCGGACCGCCUGCCGGGCUCUCCACUCCACCCGCACCGCAACCAGGAGGCUGACGUCUGGGAGGAGCUGGACCGCAACCGCAACCGCAUCCGGACGGCAGUCUGGAAGGCGACGACGGAGGAGGAGCACAGCAACAACCAGGGCAACCAGGGACACCAGAGCCCCUAUCCUGGGCCAAGCCUGGGUUCCCCGGUCAAACUGCAAUCUGAGGUGGUGGCUUCAGACCGCGACGGCCCCCUGCUGAGGAAGCUCCGCAACAUUCACAGUUUCGAGCUGGAGAGGAGGGUUGCCCUCGAUGCCAAGUCCAGUCCGGAGUGCUUCCUGGAGGCCUGCUCAGGGAAGCAGCCGCUUGGCGCCCAGCACCAGGAGAAGGAGGCCGACGGUGACGCAGUCAUCCCAGUAACUCACGGUCAAGCCGAACCCGUCGGGGAGCAUCCCGAGAGGGUCUGGCACUAUGAUGAGGAGUUCUUGUCUGGUGGUGGUUCUCCUAAGCCAGCCUCCUGUGGGUCUCUGGAGCACGGGGAGGGGGCGGCCAGCAGCGGGGGCUUCGUGGCCCUCAAUCUGAGCUCUGGGAGGCAGGACAUUGACUCGAGGGAGUGGGUAAUGGUGGAGCGGCCCAGUGACUCUCCGGGAGCCAAGGUUACCAACAGCCCCUCGGCGGAGGACGAGGAGCCAGAGGGGCUCCGGCCAGGGUCUCCUGGAUGGGAGCGGGGCUACCCGAGCGCUAACCCUGGCAAAGCUCAACAAGAAAGCACGGCUUCCUCCAAGGGAAGUGCAAAAGGGGACAAGUUGGAGCUCAGCGUGGGCCUUGUAGGGGCUCUGCCCCCCGUCACUCCUACCAGCCCAGCUGAAGCUCUGGCUGAGGGCGUUCUCACUCAGCUCCCCACCUCUCCUCCAUCCCUGCCCGAGGAGGUCGCGAUCCGGACAUGCGGCCCCGCCCCUCUGCGCUCUCCCAGCCCUCACACACUCCUCGCCACCUUGUCGGACCCGUUGCACCUGCGCCACCCGCCGGGCAUGAGGCGCAGCCAGUCCGUCGACCCGCAGCGGCAGGAGCGCCCCUCGUCUUCCUCCUCCUGCCACGCCUCCCUGCCGCUACCACCAAACCCCGCCCCCGGCACCCGCUCGCCCACUCGCAGGAAACUGCCGGCCAUCCCGGCGGGUGCCGCCAACGCCAAGUUCCCCUCCGUCAUACGCAUCACCCGUGCCCAGCUUCAGCAGUUGACAGCUCAGCGUCCCUCUGGGCUGUCCUUCCAGUCAGGAUCAGACAGUGCGCCACAGUGCCUCCUGCUGGAGAGGCGUAGUGAGGCUGAAGCUGAGGCUCAGCUGGUCCAGGAGCGCACAGCAGACAUCAGCUCCCCUCAGGACCAUGUCCUCACCCAUCCAGGGACACCCACAGACCCCCUGGCUGAGGUGCUGGUCAAUGGAGACAUCCACACCAAAGCUCAAAGCCCUGUUUCAAACCGCGUGUCUUCCCCACGCUCCCCACGCUCUCCUCGCUCGGUUCCCCUGCGCUCGCCUUCCUCUCCACGCUCGCCACACUCCCCUUGCUCUCCUCGCUCUCCUUGCUCCCCUCGCUCUCCUCGCAGCCCUGUGUUUGCCAAUGGCCACCUCUCCCCUCCUGGUAACAGCCAAAGGGAUUUAAGUAACGGAGCGUUCCCCAGGCUGAAAGACCCCGAGAAGGAUUCUGGCCCGACCCUCUGUGCCACAGAGCCUCUGCUAAGGGGGGAGGUUAGUAGAGAAGUGAACCAUGCCCCAGAUCAGACCAACGGACCAGUGUCCUCCUCCCCGGUUGCCCCCCGUAAGGACCCCAGCCGGAGGCACAGUCGCAUCCCAGUCCUGGAGCCCUCCAGCCUGCUGGAGCUCCCUCCUGCAGGGUCUGCUAAGGAGAAACUCCUGCAGAAGAAAGCUAACCACCCGGGCCCGGCCCCCUCUCCCACCGCCUCGCCGUCACUCUCAGAUAGGCGCGGCCCCAUGGUGGCCUCCCUCGCUCGGGACCCGCUGUCCUCCACCUCUGACCGCUCUCAGGACGACGACUCUCUCAUGGGCUCCCGUUCGGACCGCCAGGGAGACGACGCUCCUUCCCUCUCCUCCUCCUCCAGCCCUUUGUCCCGCAAGAGCAGGAUCCCUCGUCCCGUCCAUUCAGCUUCUUCGGCUGAGCAGCUGGCCGCCCAAUUCCUGCCGCGCCCGCCGCCCGGGAAGCCACCGGGCCGCUCCACAGCGGAGGGCAGGCUUCGGCGUUUCCGCAUCCGAGCCGGCAGCAACAGCGACUCGGACCUCCUGACGUGCCUCGCUCAGCUGAUGCACGGCUCCCGGGGAUCCCCGCUUCACCAUCGCUCCUCGGCCCAGCACGGGGGCUCCAGGACGGGCAUCUGCAGCCUGACGAGCUCCCCGCACCACCACCGCAGCUCCAGCGCCUCCCCGCGCAGCUCCUCCUCCCUGCAGCGCUCCGUCAGCUCCUCGCCAUCCCGCCACGAUUACCGAGGAGGAGGAGGAGGGGGAGGAGGGGGAGGAGGAGGAGGAGGAGGAGGGGGCGGCUGCCUCGGCCGCAGCCGCUCGCCUCCCAGCUUCUCGGGCUCGCCUCCUCCCCGCCGCUUCCACACUCACCACCAGGAUACGUGCUGCAGCCGCCAAGCUCGCACCGGCCCCUUCCACCUGUCCAGGGGGAAAGCCUGUAGCCGAGAGGGCAAGUGCUCCAGCAAGCUGAGCAGAUAGUUGCCCUCCUCCCAUGUUGCGCUGCCACGGCAGAGGAUGGAACGACUCUUAUUGUGAUAGGGUAGACCGCAGUGUCCUUCCUGUAUAGGUUUCCCCUUUUUUUGUUUUCUUCGCUGUCAGUCGGAACCUUACACUCGCUGUUUCCCCACAGUUCCCGUUCACUUCCUCCUAUUUGCACACGGGUGUAUUCAUUUAUGUUACCCAGCUUUAAAAAAGGGGCACUCCGGCCAUUUAGUACCGCACUUUCCAUAAAAGUCGUUGGACUGAGAGACAGAUUUAAAAAAAAAAAGAACGAUUAAAGAAUCUGUGCGAACAGAAACGGAGACGUCCCCACUUUUAGUCCGUUAAGCGCCAACAAAUGUUGGUUCCUCCAUUUCCCAGAAUGCAACUCAAGAGCAUAAGAUGCCAACUUUCUGUUAAAGUGCGUCGCCCAGUCUGAAUAGUCCUCUUUGUGACGAGGCAGCUGAACCUCACUUGGAAGUGGAGUGCCCCCUUUUUAAGGGAACUUAUUAGACCAUCGAUAUUGACAUGGCGGGGUCCUCCAUUUUCUUUACAUCAUCAUGUUGUAGAGUUAAAUAGUGCAGCUGCUAAUGCAGCCGGUACUGUGAUAUGUAAAUCAAUAGCAAGUCAGGCCUGUUUUAUUUAUCUUCAUGCAUCCCUUACCACGAUAUAACAGUAUACUUAUUUAUCCCCGGUGUUGAAGCACUUGGAUGAUGCUGAUGGAAAUGUCAGUCUAGCUGAAUCACAACUAAAUUAAAUAUUAGCCUUGGGGGGGUUGACUCGGUUGUCUCCCCUGCAUUCGGAGAUUGCAGGCAGGGUAUGAUAUUUACUUUUAAGGUGAAUGCAAAAAAGCCAGAAUUUGUGUGUACAGUUGUAUUUAUUGAGAUGUUUAUUUUGAUGCUUCGCGAAACGCUUUUCGACUCCCACCCUCCUCCUCCUCCUCCUCCUCCUCCUCCUCCUCCUCCCCCUCCUCCUCCUCCUCCUCCGUGUGACUGUGGAUGUGUGGUUUCGUGUCACCCCCUUGUCUUUCUUUUUUUUAUACAAUCAAUCACGUCGAGUGCGUGAGGACGCACGCCUUUUUGUGCCUACCGUGUUGCCGUGAGAGGGAAUCCAAACGUCCCGAUUGGCUGAAGGCUUUACAGGUUGUGGUAGAUGGUAGCGGACGUAAGCUUAAGCAAACGCAAAGGUAUACGUUACUGACGAGUAAUGUUCAGACACAGAUGUUUGUCUCAGCGUGUGCCUUGGCACUUUGGGCAGCUUAAGACAACAAAAAAACAACAACAACAACAACAAAAGGAGCCAAAAACAGCGGUUUUGAAAACGACUUCCCCCCUUUUCACCGGUAUUCUUUCAAUGUAGAAAAAGGUAGCAACACAACAAAUGUUUGUUAAAUCAAACCUGCAAUUUGAGCAACAGUACUUGAGUAGCUAUUUGUAAUCACACACACACACACACACACACACACAUACACACACAAAAGAGGAAAUAGUUCAAGUGCAACCUGUCUUUGCUGCGCUGUGUGUGUGUACAUAGCACACAGGUCAGUGUUGGAGAUGCAACAUUUUAAAAAAACCUUGAAAGAAAUGUGAAUUUCAGACCUCAAACAACAUCGUUUGGCCAUAUAUGUACGUAUAUAUAUAUUUCUCGCACCAAAAUGAUGUUCCAUGCUUCCCAUGUGCAGGAAUGAUUCUUUAUUUUAUUUUAUUUUUUUGUUCCUCAGAACCGCAGAAUGUCUUUUUUUUUAAUAUAUAUACGAUGACAAGAAUCUGAGUAUUGUUUGUGUUUUGAUUUUAGUUUAGGAUUCCUCACUGAGACUCUGUCACAGCUCCAGCUCCCAAGCUGCGUACCACUUAUUUUUUAUAUUAGUUUUCUGGAGCUUCCUGCACUGACCCCCCCCCCCUUCUUGGUAUUUAUUUCUGGAAUAUGACACCCCGUAUUUAAUUUAAUUUUUUUAUCAGCGCAAUUGACAAAAAGAAUUAACCAGAAAAAGAAAAGACUAUGCUGAGUUUUAAGCACUUGUAUAUCGUACAGGGAGACGCACCAGUUGAUGAUAUAGCGGCUGCAAAUAUUGCCAAAUAUUUUGAAUAUGGGGGGCGUAUAGUGAUUUUGAAUGGGCACGUGGCUUUGUAAAUGUAUAAAGUAUACAGAUAUAAUACCUAACACCUGCAGCUAUGAUGACUCCUCCUGAAGGCAGACAGCGUUCAGUCAGUCAGCCGCCUUAAUGUCUCCUCUCUGCCCCUCCGUGCGUAGCGAGGGAUGACUGAGCCUUGUCUGUGUUGGACAUCGUUGCACCAUUCGUGCAGCAUUCGAGGUGCGUUUGUAUUUGUGAUAAUUGUAUGCACUCUACAUGUUUCGCAAUCAAAAUCUUUGACUCCUCCCUCAUUUCUAACUCACUAUUUUAAAGAUAUUUCAAGCUUUUCAAAAUUGUGUGCAAACAAGUUGUGCAAACUUUUAAUAUAAACCUGUAAAUGAAGUAAUUUUAUUUAAAAUACAAUAAUUAUUGUAAACACCCAUGACUUUUACUCUUAACAGGCUUUUCAGUGAAAAAGGGGGAAGGGGCAGACAUUAAACGGUGCUGCUGGUUCUAAAAGAUAAUCAGAUUUUAAUCAUUAUUGCACAUGCGUGGUGUGAAGUUGUUAGUACUAGUGUUACCCUCCAGAUGAGAUUUUUGUUGUUGUUGUCACUUUUUAAAGUGGCCUGCUCAUAGAAAAAGUGUCAUUUUUAUAGUAGCUUGCUGGGUGUUAACAGACACCCAGAGGCCAACGGAACGAACACAGCUGUUUUAUUUUAUUUUGAAAGGUAAGAUGGAAACUAAUUAAAGCUUUUGGUCCUCAUGGCAUAACAUUGAAUUCCUUGUUAGUAACUUAUAAAUACUUGACGACAAAUAUUUAUUGUGACAUAUGCUAAUUUCCCCAUCCAUCAUUUUGACUUUAAUUGUCAGGAUUUUUUUUUUAAUGGUUGAUAUUUUGUGUUGUACUGUUUUGUCAUGUUUUUUUUGUUGUUGAAAAUUUAACUGUACAGUCUCAAGGAAAGAAUGUAACACGUGGGAGUUUUGCAUUGUAUAUAACUGUAAUUAUUUAUGUUCAUUCUAUCAUUUGUAUCAUAUCAACAACGCCUUGUACAGUGCUUUUUUUUCGUUUUUGUUUUUAAAUUAUUUUGUAUUUUAUUUUUAUAAACUGGUUAUAAAUAAAAUACUCAUUCCGCAUGCAGACAGAA